CACUGAGGUCCGUAUUGGAUGCUUUUCUUUCACAAGGUUCCCAAAGAACUCAGAGUUGGAAUAUUGGGUUACAGUGUGGCAAAAUGGCGACUGUCAUUCAGAAUCCGUUGAAAGCGCUCGGGGACCAGUUCUACAGAGAGGCCAUUGAGCACUGUCGCAGCUACAAUGCCCGCUUGUGUGCAGAGCGCAGCGUACGCAUGCCCUUCCUGGACUCUCAGACGGGAGUAGCUCAGAACAACUGUUACAUCUGGAUGGAGAAGCGGCACCGGGGGCCAGGGUUGGCAGCAGGUCAGAUGUACACUUACCCUGCACGUUGCUGGAGAAAGAAGAGGCGACUUCACCAGCCAAUCGACCCCCAGCUUCGCCUUUGUGAACUUCGACUCGAGGCUGAGCUGAUGGCCAAGAGAGAAGCCCCAGCGACGGAGGCUACAGCCCUGGAGGCACUGUUACGAGGUGAUGGGAUCUUGGACAAGAGGAACAAUAACGCCAAAGAGGAAGAGACACUACUAGAAAUCCAGAGGGUGCUUGAGGCAGAUGAAAAUGGGGAUGGUUUCCAUGAUGAUGAAGAUUUUGAAGUGGACACACCAAAGAGGAAGCAUCGAAACAAAGGCAGGGGUCGAGGCUCUGGGCGCAGGCGAACAGAAGCAGUGGCCAACGACGAUCAGGAUAAACCCUACGUGUGUGACAACAGAUACAAACAAAAGCAUAACUCAAAAACUGCUGACUCAGUUUGCGGGAAGCGUUACAAAAACCGCCCUGGACUAAGCUACCAUUACACCCAUACUCACCUUGCUGAAGAGGAAGGUGAGGAAGAACGAGAAACUGAAAUCCCCCAAUCUCCUCCUGUCCACCACGAGAAUCACAAACCACAGAAAGGGCCUGAUGGCACGAUCAUCCCUAAUGACUACUGUGACUUCUGUCUGGGAGACUCAGGCUCUAACAGGAAGACAGGCCAUGCUGAGGAGUUGGUUUCCUGUUCAGACUGCGGCCGCUCUGGCCAUCCUUCAUGUCUGCAGUUCACAGACAACAUGAUGCAGGCCGUUCGGACGUACCAGUGGCAGUGCAUCGAGUGUAAAUCCUGCAGUCUGUGUGGCACCUCCGAGAACGAUGAUCAGCUUCUGUUCUGUGAUGACUGUGAUCGGGGAUACCACAUGUACUGCCUGAAGCCUCCCAUGACACAACCACCCGAAGGAAGUUGGAGUUGUCAUCUGUGUCUUGAUCUGCUGAAGGAUAAGGCAUCUGGUUUCGGAGAGCCGUAAGCAUUGUGAGAAGGUUCUACACAGUUACACACACAGGCUCGCACAGCAGACUCAGGAUUGAUGUUUGUCUUGGUUUUAGUCUGUAGUUCUCUUCCUGUAGUGUGAAGUGGAGUCUUCCUCUACCUCUGUGUUCCAAACAUCAAGUCUAGGCAAUCGGUAGUCUACCUCACAUCCUGCUCACUAACAAAUCCAAAGGCAGGUUUGAGUCCAGAUUGUCCGAUUACCUAGAAACAUGAUUUGUAUUCUAUAAAAAGUACUUAGUUAAAUAGCAACACAAGCACAAUGACUAUAAUAUUACAAAUGAAUGAAGUGAUAAUCAACCUCUUAUACACUCCUGAGCUGCAAUUCAAGUUUUUUUUUACCAAUAUUUUAAUCAAGUUAUCUGCUGUUUCUUCUCUAAGUCUUUAAUAAAAGCAGCAUAAACUUACACUUAGAGACACACACCAGUGGUAUAAAGCAAAAUCAUUUUUUCAGGUUUCUAUUCACUUUAUUCAUGUUUUCAAUGUGUCUAUGAUGUUUUUAAGCCUAAAAAAGAAUUUUUUUGGCUCAUAACAAGAAACUGUUUGAUGCAAAGAGGAUAAAUGUGAUUAGUAGCUCAUCUUUCUUAUUGGGAUCAUCAUUCAGGUUGACAUUUAGAGCAUAGUAUCUGAGAGUUAUUGUGAAAGCAAUCUUUAAACUAAAUGGCAAAAAAUAGUUUUUUCAUGUAUUGAAGCAGGACUUAGCGUUGACUUCAGGACUGGAAAAUAAUGUUGUUGAGUGUUUUAUUUUUUUUUCUUCUUUUACAUAUAUUAUUUAGCAGACAAUCGUGUUGGUUGUUAAAUUACAUGAUAGCCAUCAUAUAAUGCUUUUCCUUGUGCUAAGAUAGUACUUGCAUGCUUUGUUUUGUCUUUUCAAGCCAGCUUUUUUCCAGCUUUUUUCAUUUUGUAAGUAUUAAAUGUGAAUGCAUUAGACUGUUUAAUCUUUCUUUACAUUGUGUCGGACAUAUCUGGUUAUGCUCCAGGAACAUUCCAGGUUUUUGUGUCCUAGAACCUUCUAUUGUUCCAUCCAUCUGCCUGUUUGGAGCCCUUCAUACCUCUCUGAGCGAAACAUCUGUUCACUCCAUUUUGUAUUUCUUUGCUCGUGAUAUAUUAGCAUUUCUAUUUCCAUCUGGACAUUCUCUCAUGUCAUUCCCACCUCCUUCACCUGUAUAAUACAUUAGAGGCUCUAUUUUCAGAGCCAAUUCAUCAACACUGUCCAGAUCUCGCGAUCUGUUGAAUAUUUUAACUAUGCAUUUUUAUCUAUUUUAAAGGUCAUCUACAUCACAUUUACAUUUGAUUUUCAGCUUAAGAAGUUAAUUAAAGGUUCCAAAUUCAAACUAGUUUGAUGAUGUUUAAACAAAACAUCAAACACAGCUGAUACAUUAUGACUUUUCACACUUAAAAUUGUUAACCCAUUCUAAAUAUAAACCUUCAGGUAUCUUUUUUCAUGUUUUGUACUAGACUGUGCAUUUGUAAACCCUGGGUUAGUGUUCUUUUAUGGAUAUUUGCCUAUAUUGAUUGGAGGAACACAGCAUGUGCUUCAUUUAAAUAUCAGCUUGUCUCGUUCCUCAGUGUACCAUCAGAAUAAAUAAAUCUCUUCUGCAAUGAUA